CCCGACAAGUCAGUGAACGCAACAUCAUGGCGGCGAACCAGAGCAUCAAGGAGCUUAUGACGGCCGAGACCAAGGCGUCCAAGAUCAUCAGCGAGGCCCGACAAGAACGAGGGGACCGACUGAAGCAAGCCAAGGCCGAGGCGGAGGCAGAGAUCAAUGCGUACCGUCGUCAACAAGAUCAAGUGUUUCAAAUGAACUCCACAGAUUUGUUGGGGGACGAUUCCAGCAUCAUGGACAAGGAAACGGACCAAGAUAUCCAAAAGAUGAAGGGAGACUAUGAGAAGAACAAAGAAGCGGUGCUCAACUUGAUGUACGGACAUGUGACCAAGGUCGUGCUCAAGGUCCCUGCCGCUCGCAAGGAGACGCACAAGGCGUAGGUGUCCCACGACCUUGUCUUGCAUGAGGACACUUCCCCAGUAGCAUCGAUCAGGAGCUUCAUCAUGACAUGAUUACAGUCCCCCCCAACAACUACGUCUAUUCCAAGUGUGAUAUCGUGUUGGGGGUGUCCUCUGCAUGUUUGCACUUGCACCAGCUCGUCACGUAGACGCAUUAAGCAUGCACGCACAUGUAUUAGCCUUGCAAUCAACACUUGCAUGAUCGUCAGCCUAGAUGCAGUUUGUUAUUUUUGACCAAUGAAACGCAAGGAGAUGAAAUUCCACCAAUCAGAA